ACUCGACCACCUAUACGAAAACGAACUACAAAUAUAUUACAUAAAAAAAUUUCUUCACAAAUUAUUUGUCAAGAUAUCGAAGAUGAAACACCAUUUGUUAAAUUGUUUUCAAAUAUUCCUGAAUUUAUUUCUAAACAUUAUCAACGUACGGAUGCUCAACGAACUGACGAAGAAAAAAUUGAUCUUUAUACUAAUCAAGGUGCUCAAUGGUAUGGACCAUUGCAACUACCACCACAACCUGAACAUUAUAAAAUAUCUAUUUCAAAAUCAUUAAAAAAUGAAAAAAAUAUAUCAAGAAAAUCUCGUACUAAUCUUCUGCAUAAAGAAUCAACAAAAACUACAGCAUUUUUAAAUAAAAUUGGUGUUGAAUUAAAAUCAUGUUCAAAUUCAAAUACAAAUGAUUCAUUUUCUAAUAAUAGAAAUAAUUUUGAUUUGAAUAAAUUAAAUCAAUCUGAUCUUAUACAUGAAUGUCAAUAUUUAACAAUAAUUUCAUUUGAAAUUUUUUGUCAUACAAAUGAACCAUAUGCAUUUGCACUUGAUAAAGAUGAAAUAUUUUCAAUAUUUUAUACUCUAGCUUAUGAAACAAUUAAUGGAUGGAAAAUUCAAUCAUCUGUUCUUAUAUCAACUCAACAUUUACGUAUAACAAAAUCAAAUAUUCUUGAAAAAUCUUUUCAUUCAUUAGAAAAUAAAAAAAUUGAAUUUGUUAAAAAUGAAUUAGAAUUAAUUGAAAAAUUUUCAAAAAUUAUACAACAAUCAGAUCCUGAUAUAUUUAUUUGUUAUGAUAUGAAAUUAUCUUUAUAUUAUUUAAUAAAACGUGCUAAAUUAAAAUAUAAUUUAGAUUUAUUAAUUAAAUUUAGUCGUAUACCUGAACAACAAGAUAAUAUAACACGUAGUCGAAGUCAUAUGGCAGCUAAUGGAGAAGAUUUACCAGUUAUAGUUGGAAGAGUAUUACUUGAUUUAUGGAGAAUUUUAAGAAGUGAAAUAACAUUAAAUAUUUAUACAUUUGAAAAUGCAAUUUAUCAUGUAUUAAAUGAACGUGUACCAUAUUAUGAUAUAAGUUUACUUUCAAAAUGGUUUAUUGAUGAAGGACUCAAUCCAUCAUUUGGUUUAAGAGAUUUUGUAACUUUAUUAGAUUAUGGUUGGACACGUUCAACGGGUAAUUUUCGAUUGAUUUAUGAAUUAGAUUUAAUUAAUAAAACAUCGGAAUUUGCACGAAUUUAUGGAAUUGAAUUUUAUCAUGUAAGAAUUUUUUUUUCGCUACAUUUAUUAAAAGAAUAUUCACAAUACACCUAA